ACCAAUCGUUUCUCCUCAGGAGAACUGGGAUCAAAUACUAUUUGAAUUCUCUCUAAUACUGUUUCGCCUCCUGUGAACAUGAGGAAUGACAUGCUUCGGAGUCUGCCGGUAUGCCACUGCCUUAUAACUGGUGUACCUUAUUUAUGAAGUCAGCUACACAGACGAAGGAAGGGAGGAGGGACUUUGCAAAUUGAGUGAGUGAGUAAGUAAGUGAGAGUGUGUGUGUGUGAGGGAGCGAGACCAAAACACUCAGUGAAAUAGACGGAAGGGCAGGAAGGAAGAGAACGACGUGUGCCGAGGGAGUAGGAGAGUCUUGAGUUACAGGAGCGUUAAGGCGGUUGGGUUUGUUGGUAAGGAUCGUAGCAGGGGAUCUAUUUUUCCUCUGUCUGUGUCCCUCCUCCCUACCGUGGACCCCAGGAGAGUUAGGGGCCGGUAGGCCAGAGGGGACAAGGACGUGGGGUAGCAUGGGACAGAGUGCCAGCGACACGGAGACAGUGCCCCGGCAACACCAACCGCAACCUGCUCAACACAACACUGAUGAUGAAGUGGACUUGCAGCAUAGUACGACAGGGAGCGAGGGGGGGAACUCAUCAGGCGAAACCCCUCCCUUCAAACGCAAGGGCAAGUUCUCCAGCUUCGGCAAUAUGUUCAAGCCCUGGAAGUGGAGGAAGAAGAAGAGCAGUGAGACGUUUCUGGAAACCUCAAUAGUGUUGGAGAGGAAGAUCUCGGUAAGGAGACCUCGUCAGGAGCUGAUCGACAGGGGAGUGCUGAAAGAACUUCCAGAGAAUGAGAGCAACGAUGUGAACCACUCCAAAGUUCCGGGGGUGAAGAAUGGCCAGCCAUUAUCCAUGGACGUUGACCGGGUCUCAGAAUCAGGGGUCAGGGGGUCACGGGGGGAGCCAGGCCCAGGGCUCAACCCCACUUGGCUGCCCCAAGGAGUGGACCCCCGGCGGGGCACUGUCCUUUCAGACGACCCCCGGAGCAGGAGCAGGGUGCCCUCCGAUGCCUCUCGCUCCAACCGAGCCCCACUGGACGUAGACUCACACGCCAGGCUAUCGGCCAUAGAUCUGGAGAGACGGAGCAGACUGCCCUCUGAUGUGUCGGAGAGGAAAGGAGGGUCACUACCGAGAGGACCUGCUCCGGAGGACGGGAAGCACCGGAGAGAGGGGAAAGAGGACAAGCGAGAGGAGAGGAGAGAUGAGAAAGAGGAAAGGAAAGAGGAGAGAAAAGAUGGGAAAGAGGAGAGGAGAGAUGGGAAAGGGGAAAGGAAAGAAGAGAGGAGAGAUGGGAAAGAGGAAAGGAAAGAGAGGAGAGAUGGGAAAGAGGAGAGGAGAGUGGAUGGGAAAGAGGAGAGGAGAGAUCCUUGUGAUGAGAGAGAAAGAAAGGAUCAGAGGGAGGAGAGAGACCGGGAGGGAGGUGAACGGAGGGAUGAUAAAGACAACAAGGAAAAGAGAGACAGGAGAGAUGACAGGGAGAGGAGAGAAGCUAGGGAAAGGAGGGACAGAGAUAAUCGAGAGGAGGACAAGGAGAAGAGUAAUGGGAAAGGAGAAAAAGAUGACCGGAGAGAGGGAAAAGAGAAAAGAGACUGGAGAGACGAGAAGAGAGAUGAUCGAGAGAGGAGGGAUGACAGGAGAGAUGACCGGGAAAUAAAAGAUGACAAGAGAAUCGAUUGUGAAAGGAGAGAUGCUCGUGAUCGCAGGGACGAUGGGGAGGAGAAGGAUAGGAGAAGGAGUCCUAGGGCUGGGAAACCAGAGACUAUCUUGAGACCUGUAGAAGGGAGUCGUCUGGUGGUCAGACCCCACUCUGAGAUGGAGCUGAGGCCCAGUCUCCAGAAGACUUCCUCAGAGGAUCUCCGUAGCAGGGUCCGCCCUGCCUCCGAGACUUACUGUGGAAGCACCCUGCCCAGGAACAUGCCAUCUGAGGAGACCAAACGAGGGGAGACCCGCGGAAGAGCAGAGUCCACUGGUGUCCACUUCGCUUCUGGCCCCACCCCAGACCCUGACUCCGCCUUUAAGUCCUCCUCCUCCUGGAGAGCUCAGCCUCCUACCAAACAGGCCAUGCUGCCUCCCAAGGGCCAAUCCACCACCACCUCCUCCACGGAGCCUGGCCGGACCUCCACCCCACCUUCCUCCUCCUCCUCCUCCUCCUCUACUUCCUCCACCUCCUCUGCUAUAGCGGUGGCCAAGCCACCCAGGACUGUUUCCCUGGUCAUCAGUGAUGACCCUCCUCCUCCCAGCCCCGUCCCCCCUGUGCGGUUCAGCCAUGUACCCCCAUCCUUCACCCCGGGAGAGUCGGCCACCCCUCCCCCUGUACCCCCCCAUGCCAAGCAGCCACCUGUACCGCCACCCAAACCCACCAACCGCAACAGCAACCCCGCUCUGCUUGCGGAGCUCUCUCAGGCUGGCAGUGGUGUCAUCGUGUUUCCUGCCCCCACCGGGCGCUCUCCACCCACUCCGCCCAAGAGGAUGACCCCCGUCACCAAGCGCCUCUCCGACGACCCGUCCCCUGAGGCAGAGACCUCCUUCCCCUCUAGUUCUGCCCCUGUUCCAGUCCCCAUACCUACUGUCUCUGUACCCCCCAGCACUGACCGAGAUGACAACCGGGACACCCUUAAGGUAGUAGGCUUCCAACUACCCACCUCUGACCCUGCACCAGCACCACGCCCUCUGUCCCAUAUACACGUGUCCACUCCUAGCUCCCUCCCCCACCUACCUCUCCCCAACCCUGUCUCUGUCCCACUCCCUAUCCAUCAGAAGGAUCCUCCCAGCCCCACCACAGAGCCACCCAACCACCCCCCAGCCUCAGUCCCAGCCAUCCCCCUGCACAUUUUGAUCCAGCGGGCCCUGUGCUCCCCCAGCCCGGCCCAGGCUAACCCAGACGGAUCCCAGAGAGCCCACUCCAUGCUGUUUGAGUCCCCUCCGGAGUUCCUCACUGAGGCUGGAGGCCGACGCUCUCUACCCAUCACCAUAGAACUGCUCAGACUACCUGAGGAUGAUGACUUCAACAUGGAGGAGGAGUUGGAGAAGCUUCACCCCAGGCGGAUGCUGCCCUCCCAGCCCCCCAGGCAGCCUGAGCUGGAGCCCAGGAGCAGAAAGGGUCUCAUGGGGGAACCCAGGGUCAGUGUGAUCCCAGAGGGCCGGGGGCCCGGAGACAGCAGUGAGGAGGACGAAGAUGAGGAGACGGACUCUGACGGACCCAUCCUCUACAGAGAUGACGAUGAAGAUGAGGACGAAGAUCCACCAAGUGCCUUGGCGAGCCGUGUGACGAGGAAGGACACUCUGGCCCUGAAGCUGGAGAGACAGCAGGAGAGAGAGGAGCAGGAGGGAGGAGAAGGACAGGAUGGAGUCGGCUGGCAGAGCAGAGAGCAGUGGGAGGCACUCAGGAACAAGAUCGGUACUACGCUCAACAGGAGGUUGAGUCAGAGACCCACAGCAGAGGAGUUGGAGCAGAGAAAUAUCCUUCCAGCCAGGAACGAAGCUGAUAUCAGGGCAGAGAGGAGUGAGAUCAAACGCAGACUAACCAGAAAGCUGUCCCAGAGGCCCACCAUAGCAGAGCUUCAGGCCAGGAAGAUCCUGCGUUUCCAUGAGUACGUAGAGUGUACCACCACUCAAGACUACGACCGCCGUGCAGACAAACCCUGGACCAAGCUCACUCCCUCUGAUAAGGCUGCCAUCCGCAAGGAACUGAAUGAGUUCAAGAGCUCUGAGAUGGAGGUUCAUGAAGAGAGCAGGAUCUAUACCAGAUUCCAUCGGCCUUAGCUGUGCUCCCUGGCCUGGCUGCAAAAGAAGCACUUAAAUGCAAUACGGAGCCGGGGGUUUGCAGGACUCCAAUAUGGAACGCACAGACCCCCCGGUGACUGCAAUAUCCACAGUCCCUUGUCCUGGAACAAGCCUGUUCCUCUCCUGGAAGGCACACUAUUGAUGGCUGUAUCUGAAACCAUGGCCUGUCUGUAACCAUGGACUAUGAAUCUGUGGAUGUGGUCCCUUGGUCUAUCCAGUCAUUGUUGAAGCCACGGACUAGAGGUGAGGCCCAUCGGUCCAAGCCCUCAGAUAUGAAACCAUGGGGCUGCUGGUACUACUGUACUGCAGCGUUGAGCUUCCUGACAAGAUGACCCACAGGGGCGGAGAACAACAGAGGUGGUGGUUUAGGCCUAUUUCAGAGGACAUUUUGUUACUUCCCUGUGCCAACACUGUGACUUACGAUAGGCAUGACAAAAGGGACAGAGGUUGACAGAGAAUGUCCUGUUUUGUUCAUCACAUCUACAUUCUCCAUGUCGCUACCUAAGACAAGAAUAUUCCCAAGAGGCCUUUCUGUACCUGCUUUUUAGACUUCCCUCAACACUUUGCCAUAUUUCUAUUUGAGAAGAGGAAAGAAUUGUGUACGUAUUGAUUGUUGUUCAUGAUGGUUGACAUUAGUAGACGGUGGUACUAAUGAUUUAAUGUCCAAAUAAAUGAGAUGCUGAACUUUGUUAGACUACAUGACACUGGUGAAACCCUCCAACGUGUGUGUAUAUGGGUACCCACUGGUACUAGCCUUUAUCGCUGUUGGGACAAUACAUGGAGUGGUACGGAAACUGUACAGAGGAAAUGUGAAAUGGCUAUAUGUAGCCUACAUGUAUCGGUGACGGGUUUAGUUAAAGGAAACUCAAAUGUAGCCUCAACUAGUCAGCUUACUAGCUGUUUUACAUAGACCUAGAUCUUAUUCAACAGCUCCAUUCUCCCCAUACACAAUGAUGUGCAUUUUUACUAUAUUCUGUUGAUUUUCUGACAGCCAAUAAUACAAGCUGACUAAUUGUUUUUUCAGGCAUAGUAAUAAGGCACCGUAUUGUUAAAAUGGGAAUUUAAAGUAAAAAAAAUGUAAUUGUACAAUUUGAAAUGUUAGAAUAAUUUAAUAAGACAUAACAUAAAGCUUAUAUGCACUAUAAUUAUUUCACGGAUGGUGUUGAAGCCCUGCGGCAGGAACAUGGAUAUAUUUUUACUUAAAAAAUGGUUUUAUUAUGUUACUUUGUAUGUAGGCCAAUGGUUGGCCUCAGCUGUAUAAACUUAACCUGUAGAUUGAUUUAAUUGACUUUAUAUUAAAUAUUGCAUGUCUUCCUAAUGUUAACAAAAAUGUGUUUUAAAUGUAAUUAAAGUAUUACAACAGUGCUAUUUUCUAAUAAUGUUACAGAAAUUGGUACAGAAAAAGCGUUCCCUUAUUUUACAGAUGUUUUUUUAUCAUUAAAAUGAUUUGCAAACCUAUUGUAUAAAUGAAUGGUCAACUUGCACUCAAAUUAAAAUAAAUGGUUUAUCAUAAA